UCGACCUUUAUGGGAGCAGAGCACGCCGUCCCCGUUUUGCACCGAAUCCCACAAAUUUCUCCUCACAAAGUGUGCGAUAGUAGUCACUCAGCUCAGUGACAAGAUCAUGAGCCGCUCCAGCUUCUACUCCGGGAGGCCAAUCAUGGCGGCAGCGGGAGUGUUCAUGGUGGCGUUCCUGAUGCUAUUAGCUGUGCCGGCAGAACCGCAACCUCUAACAGAUUGCUCAACAGUGAUGGCUCUGAUCUCUAUGUGCUCUACGUACAUAACUUAUGGUACUCCGGAGCCGCUGCCCGGGACACCAUGCUGCGAUGCCAUGACGACCCUAAACAUGAUAGCUGGGGCGGAGUCCACGACGUGCACGGUAUGCAGGUGCUUGAUGGGCCUCAUUGCCUCGUACAGCCCCAAUGCAUCCGCCAUUGCCUCCUUGUCGGGCCUCUGCGGCGUCUCCCUGGGCUUCGACAUCACCCCCACCACCGAUUGCAAUUACUUCUAGGUUCUUUCAAUUAGGGGCCGGAUCUUGAUGCAGACAAGAGCUGUAUCAGUAGUAGAAUAAGAAGCUCGUUUUCAGGAUGCGGCGACAAGAGAUGAACUAUCCUCUUUUCAAUGUGAAAAAACAAUAAAGUAGGCCUUUACAGGAAACAUAUUAUUAUCUACUUCCCUAGAAAUCGAAUAUUGCAAUAUAUCUUUCCAUUUCUCGUCACCUUCAAUACUGAUCUCGCUCUUGUUAGGCAACACAUUGAACAGUUUUUUUUUAGAUUUUUUUUUCUUGUUUAGUUUCAUGGAUAAUAAAUAAUCUAAUAUUGAUCUCA